AUGAGUGCCUCCAAGGCGCAGUCUCAGAAAAUCUUUGAGAAGCUCAAGUUGAAGCCCGCAAACAAGGCGCGCAUUGCCCCUCCCUCCCCUUGUGGAUAUUCAUAUGCUUCGACUGCGGCUCUAAAAACCCAACAUGGUCGUCGGUGCCCUUCGGUAUCUAUUUAUGCCUUGACUGCUCCGCUCAUCACCGCAACCUCGGUGUCCACAUUUCCUUUGUUCGCUCCACCAACCUUGACCCUUCGGGUUAUGAAAGUCGGCGGUAACGAGUCAGCGACCAAGUAUUUCCAGUCACAUGGCGGAUCUGCCGCUCUCUCGAGCAAGGACGUUAAGGUGAAGUAUACCUGCAACGCUGCAGUCAAGUACAAGGAGGAGUUGAAGAGGCGGGCCGCACAGGAUGCUCAACAGUACCCGGAAGAGGUUGUCAUCACCGACGUUCCAGCUGGCGUAGCUUCCAACGGAUCGAACACCCCCGCCGGCGAUGGCGAGGACGACUUUUUCUCCUCGUGGGAUAAGCCAUCCAUCAAACGCCCCAGCAAUCCUCCAUCCCGUACAGGUACCCCACCUGUGGUGAGCCGGACCGCAUCGCCUUUCCUCAAUGCCGGCGCCAACGGCUCGCGCUCGAAAUCGCCCCUCUCGGCUUCGGAUAAGGAGGCUACCUCGCCUGCCCCGACUGCUAUCAGAUCCAGUGCGUCCGUCCGCAAGACUGCCACUACCUCCACCGCGAAGAAGGGCAGUGUGCUGGGUGCCAAGAAGGCGCCCAAGCUCGGCGCUAAGAAGAUCGGCGGCGCGGAAAUCAUCGAUUUCGAGGAGGCGGAAAGAAAGGCCAAGGAGGAGGCAGAGCGCAUUGAGAAACUCGGGUACGACCCGGAGGCGGAACAGGCCGAGGCCGCGGCCAAGGCGACGGCCGGAAGUGCUGCUGCGACCACCAUCGCUUCCCCUACUCCGAUCAGCCCCGGUAGUAGCAGCUUUGGUUCUACCAGCAAGUCCCACGAACGCAGUGCUAAUGAGAUGGAACGCCUGGGAAUGGGCAUGGGAAGACUUGGAUUUGGCCAAACCGUCGGCGCAAAGCCUGCUCCGAAGAAAUUGGGAUUCGGCUCGGUUGCUCCAGCUAGAACCGCCGAGGAUGACGAGGAGCUUGCGCGCACUAAAUCAAGAUUCGGUGCCCAAAAAGGAAUCUCUUCCGAUGAGUUCUUCGGACGGGAACGAUUCGACCCUACCGCACAGGCCGAAGCCAAGGACCGACUUCGACAGUUCGACGGAGCGACGGCCAUCUCCAGCAACGCUUACUUUGGCCGUCCGGAAGAUGAUCUUCCCGCGGGUGAUGAUACUUACGGAGACUUGGAAACUGCAGCAAAGGAUUUCGUCCGCCGCUUCGGCAUCACGGCCGGCGACGACCUUGAGAAUCUGACCCAGCUUGUGGGCGAAGGUGCUGUUAAACUGCAAGGCGCCAUCCGCAGUUACCUUAACAGCUAG